AUGACGCUCCUGGAGAAGCUUUUAGGCAGUACACUGGUGUCGCGGCGCGGCGAGACGUCCACCGAGGAGGCGUUGGUGCACAAGACAGUGGUGGGGCUGUACUUCACGGCCAGCACUUGUCGCCCGUGCCGAGCCUUCACGCCUGUACUGGCGACUGUGCAUCGCAACAUGACUCUCAGCGCGUACAAGUCGCUGCACAUGAAGGACCAGCUGGACGUGGUGCUGCUGUCGAUUGACCGCAGCCCUGUGGCCUUCCACGACUCGCUACUGCAGACACCGUUCCUAGCGGUUCCGUUCCACCGGCGCGACGUGGUACAGGAUUUGUGGAAGCGCUACGACGUGAAGACGAUCCCGACGCUCAUUUUCGUGGACGCCAAUGGCGAUGUGGUCGAGCGCGAGGGACGCCGCAUUGUCGAGAACAACUACAUGGAUCUUCGCAAGAUAUGGGAUCAUAUCGCUCCGUCUUUCCCGUCGUCUCCAGGGCCCGAGGCCGCCAUGUCGUGA